AUGGCCGCCGCCGACACGGGCUGCUUCUACGGCGACGGCACCGCCGCCACCGACUGGGCCUUUGCGCCGUGCCACCAGCGCAACACGACGUUCCGCAUCUGCUGCCUGCCGAGCACGGGCGACGCCUGUCUGGCCAACGGGCUGUGCGUGUAUCCGGGCCACUACAUGUACCGCGGGCCGUGCGACAACCGCCGGGGCGCCGGGUGCCGGAGCAUCUGCCCGGAGAUCAACCCCAAUUCGUGGACAGAGGUGCAGAUGUGCACGCCGACCGAGUACUGCUGCAGCCCCGAGCGCAACGCCGGGACGCCGGGGAACUGCUGCAACGACGGGAGCAAGCGGUUUCCCCUGCCGGACCCGAUAUCGGCCUCGGAGUCGUCCGACGCGUCGUCCUCGGCUGUUGCAACGCCAACAUCUGCAUCCUCGCCGCAACAAGCUUCUUCUUCUUCCUUUUCUUCUUCUUCUUCUUCUUCAUCAUCGGCACUUGUUCCGACCAUCACCACGAUCGGCAGCGGCAGCAGUGGCGAUGGCAGCAGCAGCACCGGGGCCAUCGCCGGCGGCGUCGUCGGCGGCGUCGCCGCGCUGGCCCUUCUUGGCGCCGGGGCGUGGUGGCUCCUUGCGCGGCGGCGGCGGAGACGGCGGCAGCUGCAGCCUGCGUCUCCGUCGUCUGCGUUUGGCUCUUCUGAGGACGGGCGGGACGCGACGGGGCGGGAGAAGGGAGCAGGCCCGGCGGCCGAGGUGGAGGGCCGGUCGGCGCCGGUGGAGUCGGACUCGCGGCCGCUGCAGCAGCGGCGGUUUGAGAUGUCGGGAUAA